AUGGCUCCUAUCAUCAAGACUCUCGCCCUUGCUGGCGCUUUCUUCGCUUUGACUGGCCACUCAGCUCCCAUUGCCAAACGCGCUGUCGUUUGGGAGACCGUCACCGAUAUCGUCUGGACCACCAUCGAUGUCACCACCACCAUCUACCCCCAGGCCACUCACGCCUUCCCUGAGGUCGCCAACGCUGUCAUUACCACUCCUGCCGCUGCUACGACUACUGAGGCUCCUAUCAAGGAGCAGGAGAAGGUUGUGCCCACCACUACCUCCACCUCGACUUCCUCCUCCACCACUACCGCUGCUCCUGUCACCACCGCUGCUCCUGUCACUACUGCUGCUCCUAUCACUACUGCUGCUCCUGUCACUACUGCUGUGGCCCCUGUCAAGGAACUGGAGAAUGUUGCGCGCACUACUACCUCCACCACCACCGCCGCUCCUCCUGUCGUGGAGACUGAAGCUCCCGCUCCCGCUCCCGCUCCCGUCGUUGACACCCAUACCGCCAAGACUGAGACCGAGACCACUGGCAGCAGCGGCCACACCGGCCCCUGCUCUGAGGGCUCCCCCUGCAACGGUGAAAUUACUUUCUACGACACUGCCACGACCAGUACCAACCCCAGCUCCUGUGGCACUACCAACGAUGGUACCGUCGAGAACGUUCUUGCCCUACCUCACGGAAUCAUGGUCGACAGCGACUGCGGCAAGACCGUCACUAUCACAUACAACGGCCAGACCGCCACUGGUAUUGUAGUUGACAAGUGCAUGGGUUGCGAUAACAACUCCGUCGAUCUGUCCCGUCACUUCUUCGGCGAGCUGGCUCCCUUCGACAAGGGCCGCGUCAGUGGCGCCAAGUGGUACAUCCAUUAA